UUCUUGGUGACUCCUCCCAAACUAUGGGAUUUUCUACUACAAGUAGAUAGUUGGCCAACUUCAUGUUUCUGUUGGGUCGAAUUAGAUUGUGGUCUCUUUCAACUGAGUCUCUUUGGACCAUCAGGCUAAGACCUCACCAAGCUAUAACUCUCACAAUUCCAUGCUUUGGACCAUAGCUGUUGAAGUGGGAUCAAACUGCACUAAAAUUGACAUUGUAGCAUCAGCCUUGGUUUCAUGCAUGGACCAAGAUUUGUUCUGAUCUCGUGUCUUCUCCAUCUUGUUGUUUCCCUCUAGACACCUUUCUCAACAAUGUCUCAGAUGGAAAAUGCCAUCGACAUCAUCAUCAAUGUCUUCCACCAAUAUUCGAUCCAGAAACCCCAUCCGGACAAGCUGAGCAAAGGCGAGACCAAAAACCUGAUCCAGAAGGAGCUGGCGGAGUUCUUGAAGAACCAAGUCAACCCGCUUGUUGUCGAGGAAAUGUUCAAGCAGCUGGACCAAGAUCAAGACAAGGAGCUGUCUUUCCAGGAAUUCAUGCAGUUGGUUGUCCAGGUCACGGUCGCGACCCAUAACAACCUUCAUGCUCAAUGAAGGGCAGGCGGAGAUGCCGCUGAGUCAACUGCAGUGGAGAAGAAGAAGAAGAUAGCAGAAGAUGAGGAUGAAAAAGAUUGAGGAGGAGGAGGAGAAUGAAGAGGGUACAAAAUGCACGUGUGCCAAGCUGGGCGCCCUGAUCCCUGCCAUUGGGGCACAGAGUCAAAGUUGGAGUCAUGGUUUCAUUGAGACAUCAAUAAAAGCAACAUUUCAUCCAGGUUCUUAGUCGUGUUUAUGUUUGUGGUAGUAU